AUGAACGUGCAAUUGAUUGUCAUAUUCAUAUCUUCCGCCCAGUUCGUUGCAGCAACCGACAUCACAAUGAGUGGCUUGAAACUGGAUCCAUCCAGUGAUCCCGAAUUCCUCGAUAUGGGUACACUGAGGGUGACAAAGAAGUCCCGUAACCUGCUGGUGGUGUCCGGGACGUGGGAAUGCUUCCAAACCAUGGGCGACGAGGUGCAGUUUGUGCUUUCGUUAUUCAGCAAAAAUCGUCUAACUGGAGAAUACAGUAAGAUAACUGAGCAACAGUCCACCGCCUGCAAGUAUAUCAACUCCGAUACGCUGCUAGUUCCCAAAAUCAGGGAGGCAUCAAAUAUUCCGGAACGUGGUACCUGUCCGAUUCCGAAAGGAAAGUUUACAAUUAAUAACUUUGAAGCGGAAGUCCCAGCAACAUUACCAUUGCUACCGGGUGAUUAUCUCCUGACGUUCAACGCCUUUCGGGACGAGAGCCGUGAGCUGCUGAUAGGACUUUCAUCAGAGUUCUCAGUGCAAAAGUGA